AUGUACGGUGAGUGGAACGUCCAUGCCGAAGCCGCCUUGGCGGCGGCACUUUUGAAACCCAAACGCCUAGCCCUCACCGCUUCGUCGUCUUCAGCACCGGCACCCUUGGCGAUCGAGAAUUGCAACAUUCCGGUUUCAAAAAAAGAGUCGUCCCCCAAGAAUACCAAGAAGGCUGAAGCAUCAUCGUCCUCGUCAUCUUCUACCUCGUCCGGGGAGGAGGCCGAAGAUGAGCAAGAGGAGAGCGAGGAUGAGCAGGAGGAGGCCGAUGAUGUGCAACAGGAACCCGCCAUGCCCGAAUACUACCAGUGGACUGAUGAUUGGCACGAUGUCUACGCUCAGCUGUUGCACAUCUACGAAAGUUCCGAGCUUAAUACCAAGCGGCGUAGGAUCAUGGACACGCUUUUGGCUGACCUUCGCAAAGCGAAGGGGCACUUUGAUGCAGAAAACCAAAUGACGACUGCCUACAAGAAAGCAUUGGACGAAGUCAAGAACCAUGUAAUGACUGAACUGAAGACCCCCAUCGUGAUCACCAAUGAGACUGUUUCCGGAUCCGUGAACGACUUGCCACUCAAGGAGCACUUCCAUCAGUACAAGGCCAAGACGUUGGUGGAUAUCAUCGAGAAUGUCGCUCUGCAAGAUGUGCCAUGGGAGUCGAUUGCGACGUGUCUUGCCAAUGAACGAUAUACUGAACUCCCACCUCCGUUUCGCACCGACCGUGUUGCAGACACUGAGUUCGUACUCCAGAUUGGGGUUAUCAAGAAUUCCACCGGCUCCUUCGGCACUGUGAUCAAGCACUUCAUCUUUGCAGACAAGACUACUUCGUUACGCCACAUAGAGGAAAUUGUACAUGGCACUGGGUACCUCAUCGACUACUCACCCAACUUUCGAAGUGGACCGCUGCAUGGUUGGAGUGCGGGGUUAGUCAAGGAAUGCUUGCGAAACCAUUCAGCUUCGAAUGUUUACGCUCGUCCAGUCACCAACUUCUUCUUGACACUCCACGACGUCGCAGGUUGGUUUUUCGAUGACGUGUUGGUUGAGAUCCUGGGUGACCUCAAAAGCCACACUUUGGUGAUGAUGGGGAUGGCCGAAACAGGGAAAACACCGGUGGCUCAAGCCAUCGCAAUGGCGAUCUCAGAAUACCAUAUACUGGCUGGUGGGAAAGAGCAGGAACUGCGGCCGUCCUUUCGCCUCGUUGCUUCCCUGGACCAGCUGCGAGGUGAAUCCGGCAUCAAGGAACGUCCGGAUAUCCUUGAUGACCCGGAUACCAGCGUCAUGUCCGUGACGAAGCUGAAAGCUUUCCUUGUACGCAAUCAGCUCCGAGUGAUUUGCGACAAUCGAGUGGAUGAUGAUGCCGAGCCAGACUUACCGGAGUCCGAAGGCUUCAUUAAGUUCGAGACCUUUAUGGACAUCAUCUCACCAGCCUUCCCCGACAAGUGUUCAAAGCAGGACCGUAUGGCCUGCCUCAAACGGGCGCAUUGGAUCGUAAACAUGAAGAAGGCUCUCUAUCUUCGACCUGCCGGUACCAAGACAGUUCCUGUCAAGCGCAUCCCCUACUUGCACGGCCAGACUGACUUCUUGAACCAAGAGGGCAAGGAUAUCUUACAGGCCAUGCGCGAUGGCAUUGAGACACCACCAAAGAAUUGGGUCCAAAAGAGACAAUGGACUCACGAUGUCCUGAGCAUGAUCAUCGAGAAGAAAGAGCGACCACGUCGCACUGCCACGAUUUUGAUUCCCGGGUCAGGCGGUAACGGUCCCACUUCUCGUGACUCAAAGCCACAAGUUCCAUUCUCAGGCCGCAUUUGUCCAGACUUCUUGCCGACCGUGGACACCGCCGCUUCUAUGGAGGACAGGCGCGAGGCUUCCUCUUCUUUGCCAACCGCCGCUAACAUUGCCUUAAAGACGGAGGUUGAAGAGAAAGCUUUCUUCCCGCUCAUGGUGGCGUCCCACGCAGAUGACGUCAUUGACUUGGCCACGCCAACACCUCCUCGCUGUAAGCGUCCUCGGCAAGAUGAUGCCUUUCCCGACGUGGGCGAGGAUCCUGAAAACUGA